AAUGUGAUCCACGAAUGAGUUUGCCCUUUGGGUCUUAUAAUGUGAUAAGCCCAUUAGAAAAGGCCCGGACCAAAGAGAAGUACUAGUCUGGGAACGGGAAUGAACGACGUCGCACAAAGCGAUCCUCAACUGAAUCGUCCGAUCUGAAACUGAAUAAAGAAGUCUCCAGAAACUGCCAAUCCUAGUCGAGGUCUGAGAAAAAGCUUCCAUGGAGAAGGCAACAGAGUUUUUCAAACUAAUCGAAGAAGAAUCGGCGAGCGUCUCGCAACUCACUAUUCAUCCUCACCGAGUCGGGCUCGAUUGCAGCUUCUACGAAGACUUUGCUUUAAGAGGCAUCCGAGUCGACCGAGUCGAGCCCGGUUUCGUCUCUUGCACUUUCAAGGUCCCUCCUCGCCUCACGGACAGAAGCGGGAAGUUGGCUACGGGUGCAAUAGCGAAUCUGGUAGAUGAAGUGGGUGGUGCGGUGGUGUUCGUUGAAGGUCUUCCUAUGAAUGUGUCAGUGGAUAUGUGUAUCUCCUUUCUUUCGACUGCAAAUGUCAAUGAUGAGUUAGAGAUUACUUCAAAGGUUUUGGGGCGUAGAGGAGGCUAUGCAGGAACACUUGUUCUUGUAAAGAACAAACUAACAGGGGAGUUAAUUGCUGAAGGUCGACAUUCACUGUUUGGUAAACAUAAUAGCAAAAUGUGAUUAUAUAACUUAUGGAACUUGUAUUUUGACAGUGUAUACGCUAGUGUCUAUCUGAAAAAUAUCUUUCUUGUAACUAAUAAUCAAUACACUAUAUAAUGGAGAAAGAAAAUAUUUGUUGUGUUUGCAAUAAAACAUAUUCUGAUUGUUUUUCAUGUUUCCUUCUUAUUUUGGAUUAACAUGGCCUUGAUGUGAUAACUUUUGUGGUCCUUGUGGAAUGUUUCCAUUGUUUUGCUAAUGUCAAGGGUCAAGCUUGAAAUGAGCUUUUUAGUUAGCUGAACAGGAGAGUCAUAGACUGAUAUAUUUGCAAAUUGUACUGAUAAGUAUGUUCAGUGGAAGCAGAAAAGUAUCACAAGCAAAGCGGUUUUCACCAUACCCAAGUGUUAUGGUCACACAAGCUCAUAUUACUUGACUUGCUUAGUAUGUUCAGUGGAAGCAGAAAAGUAUACCUUGACUUGCUUGCAUUUCUUGUUUCUGCUCUGCUCAUACUGCUUAGCAAGCAACCAAAAGUAUUUUCCUCAGCUAUUCUGUAGUAUAUUCCUCAGAAAAUUCACUUAUAUUCUGCUUCCUUUUUCCUUUUCUUGGGACGCUAAUGUUAAGAAAUUGUUGAGGCAGAGAGGUUUACUAGGAAAUAGAGAAUGUCCUUUUCUUUCUAUUGAAAAGUUCUUAUUGAAAGUUCCCUAAUAUCAAAAUGUGAAUGAAGUACAUUUUGAGCAAGUAGCAGAAAUCUUUCCCUGAUAAAUAGUAGAAGGCAUGUAAAGUAGCGAGGGUAAUUUUGGCUGUUAAAUUUAGAAGCCAGUUUGCCAGUUUACCCUUGUGGCCGAAGGGGCUUAAUAAUGUCAUCAGCCCAUUAGAAAAGCCCGGACCAAAUGGAAAUACUGAACACGUUUAAUUGGUAUUUAUUUGCGUAAUGGGGUCGUACAAGGGUCUCCAGAAAAAUGCAAGCCAGAGAAAACGCUUCGAUGGAGAAGACGAAAGAAUUUUUCAAACUAAGCGAAGAAGAAUCGGGGAGCGUCUCACAACUCACUAUUCAUCCUCACCGAUUCGGGCUCGAUUGCAGUUUCUACGAAGACUUCGCCUUAAGAGGAAUGCGAGUCGACCGAGUCGAGCCCGGUUUCAUCUCGUGCACUUUUAAGGUCCUACUCGCCUCACUGACAGAAGCGGUAAGUUAACUGCUGGUGCAGUUGCGGAUCUGGUAGAUGUAGUAGGUGUAGGUGGUACGAUUGUGUAUGUUGAAGGUCUGCUCAUGACUUUGCCAGUGGAUAUGUCUAUCUCUUUUCUUUCGACUGCAAAUGUCAAUACUGUUCCUUAAAUUGGCUUCACCGCUUCAAGAUUGUUUCACCACUCACUAAAAAACUUGAUUGGUGGAUUGCAAUUGGGAUUGAUGCAAUGAAUUUUUCGACCAUGUUUGGUUGAGUUAGAGAGUACUUCAAAGGUUUUGAGACGAAAAUGAGGCUAUGCAGGAACACUUGUUCUUGUGAAAAGCAAAGCAACGGCGGAGUUGAUUGCUGAAGGUCGGCAUUGGCUGUUCAGCAAACAUAAUAGCAAAAUCUGAUUGUAAUUUCCCUUUGGAACUCUGUGCAACUCGUAUCUAGAUAAUACCCCUCAGCACGUCUGUGUCUAUCUGAAAAAUAUCUUUCUUGUAACUAGUAAUCAGACAAUAUAUAAUGAAAAAAAAGAAAAGAUUCAGUA